GGGCGGGGCGGGCGAGAGUCUGCGGCGAGUCGAGCGGUGAGAGCGAAGGCAGAGCGAGUCGCCCCGCUGUUUGCCCCCCCGCCCCCCCCCGCGGGAACGCCAACGGCCGGCAAGUGACGGUUGAGGGUGCAGGGGCGCGCGAGGGGCUUAUUUUCCCGCCCUUUUCUGACGGGUAGGGGGGAGGGAAGAGAAGCCUUUUUUUCUGAGGAGGAAUCGCUGAGGCGGCGGCGGCCGGUUCCUCCCUCCGCCCACCGCGGCGGGCCGCGCCUUCAGCUCCGCCGCCGCCGGGUGAGGAGGGGCGAUGGGCGGGCCGGUGGUCUGCUAGCUCCGCCGCUCUGAGGCGGCGGCCGAGGCCCGAGAGCGGCCCCCGCGGCUCCUCUGCCUGACGCCUCCUCUGCCGUCGUCCUCUCUCCGCGGCCCGCCAUGUCCGGGGUGGUGCGGACCCUGAGCCGCUGCCUCCUGUCGGCCGACGCGGCGUCGGGCCGGGGCGAGAGGCCGCCGGGCGAAGCAGGGAAGGAAGGCGGGCGGGACGCGGAGCGCGAGGCCCGGCGCCGCAGCCGCGAGAUCGACGCGAUGCUGGCCCGGGAGCGGCGCUCGGUGCGGCGCCUGGUCAAGAUCCUGCUGCUGGGCGCCGGCGAGAGCGGCAAGUCCACCUUCCUCAAGCAGAUGCGCAUCAUCCACGGCCGCGAGUUCGACCAGAAGGCGCUGCUGGAGUUCAGGGCCACGAUCUACGAGAACGCCCUCAAGGGCUGCAGGGUUCUAGUCGAUGCACGGGACAAACUAGGGAUCCCUUGGCAGUAUACAGAGAAUGAGAAGCAUGGAAUGUUUCUAAUGGCCUUUGAAAAUAAAGCUGGGGUGCCCAUUGAGCCUUCUACGUUCCAUUUGUAUGUACCUGCCCUGACUGGCCUGUGGAAGGAUGCUGGGAUCAAGGAGGCGUUUAGCCGUCGAAGUGAAUAUCAGCUGGGUGAAUCGGUGAAAUAUUUUCUGGAUAAUCUGGACCGGAUUGGCCAAUUGAACUAUUUUCCCAGUAAGCAAGACAUCUUGCUGGCUAGAAAAGCUACCAAGGGGAUUGUGGAGCAUGACUUUAUCAUCAAGAAGAUUCCUUUCAAAAUGGUCGAUGUGGGUGGACAGAGGUCUCAACGCCAAAAAUGGUUUCAGUGUUUUGAUGGGAUAACAUCUAUACUAUUCAUGGUCUCCUCAAGUGAAUAUGAUCAGGUCCUUAUGGAAGAUAGACGCACAAAUAGACUAGUUGAAUCUAUGAACAUCUUUGAAACCAUUGUCAACAACAAGCUCUUUUUUAAUGUCUCCAUCAUUCUCUUCCUUAACAAAAUGGACCUACUUGUGGAGAAAGUGAAGAAUGUCAGCAUUAAGAAGUACUUCUCAGACUUCAGGGGUGAUCCUCACCGGCUGGAAGAUGUUCAGCGUUACCUGGUACAGUGUUUUGACAGAAAGCGGCGGAAUCGCAGUAAACCCCUCUUCCAUCAUUUCACCACAGCCAUAGACACUGAAAACAUCCGCUUUGUGUUCCAUGCUGUGAAGGAUACAAUCCUUCAGGAAAACCUUAAGGAUAUUAUGUUGCAGUGAAGGAAAACUGUCUAUUCAAACCUAGCCUAGUUGAAGGCCCAACCUUUAUAGCCUAUACGACGGAUUUUUUAAAAAAGAUCCAUGCUGUUACUUGGCUCAAGGAAGCUGCAAAAUAGCCAGUCCCAAUGGAGGAGCAACAAGCAGAAGGAUUGUGAGAGCUCAAGCUAGCUACUGUAUCACUUAACUAAAAAAACAAAAAAAUAACUACUGAAAGUAGUAAGUUGCAAGUGCAGUGCCUUCUUUUGAACUCUGAAUAACAUUAUUGCCUUCUGCCUUUUGAAAAAAUAAUUCUCAGUUUGAAAAAUGACGUAAAGACAUUUUGUGUUUUUUAAUCCACUAUCAUUGUGCAAGAGAGUUUGUUGGUUGUAAAGCCUGUCUGCCUCAUUUGUUUUGGGUGCUGAAUUAACAAAUCCAAUAAGUUCAUUGAUACUUCUAUUUGGAGAAUGCAUUGCAAUAUGUCAAUAUCUAGGUUUGGUGUACACAAAAUUGUUUGCCAGUAACCAGACUGUGCUUGUCAAAAUGAUUAUCCAGCUCUUCUUUGAGACUCUCUACAGUUUCCCUCUUGUAAAAUUUGUAAAUUGAACUUGGGGGCAGAAAUCCAAGACCUGGGUUGGUGCAACACAGGGCUGUACUUUGCACUACAUGUUACAGUGUUUAUUGCAUCGUGGAAAAUAAGGCUUUUAUUUUCUUUCUAUUUUACUUUUCAUAUAGCAUGAGGCGGGAGCUCACACCUCAGAUGCUCUGCUGAGAUAUCAACUCUGUUCUCAAACCUAUAGUUGGGACUAUAGGAAAACUUUCUCUUGACAGAAUAUUAUGUAUGAGACCUAUUAUGGGUGUUCUCAUAAAAGGGAAGCUAAUGCUAUUCCUUAGCCAAAUGUUUAGUAAGCAGAGGCUGCUCAUAGCACUAAAGCAAAAUGCUCUUGAGGUUUCCACUUUACAGCUGCACUGAGUUUGGAAAGAAGAGCUCUGCUUUGAACUAAUCCUUAAUUGUUGCUGUAUGAAUUUACUAGGUUAUAGAAUAUACACUUAAAAUAUUGCAAAUUGUCAAGUUUAAAGUUGCCCCUUUAAGGCUACUACAGAGUACAUGUGAAUUUGCAGGAGGCUGUGAAUAAUGUUGAUGUGAACUUACUUUUUAAUUCUAAAGUGUUGAAUUUAACUAUGGGUGCCUAUUUUGUGUGUACUGAUGUUUCACACUCUGUCUGAUAUGAGGUAUGUAUUAACUACACUAAACCCUACAUUUUCAGUGCUAUAGACUUUAUUCAGGGAUCUUCUUAAACAUAAGAAAUGUUUACCUUACUUUUGGUACCAUACUUGUCAUAUCAAAUUAUAAAGGGCUUAUUCUUUCCUAUAUCAUGCUAUCAGAAUGCUGUAGCUUAUGCCCCUAUGGGACAAUCAUGUCUUACACAGUAGGCAAAACUCCAGGUAUAAAUGCCACCAAUAACACCAAACUAAAACAAAUCUCUCAUGACUUCUGCUUGGACAUAUCCCAGGAUAUGUCCCUGUGGGGAUUACUCACAUUGAUAUAAGCAUGUUUUUGUGUGGUGUACCCUACUUUGAACCUGAAAUUUUUCACGCUUAUAGUGAUGUUUGUGCAAAAUCAAGCUAAGUUUUGGAAAUUAAGAAAGUUUGUCUCCUACUUUUUAUCUAAAACUCAAAUUUUAAUAAGGCAACAACCACAUAGUGACUGCAGAUAUUUCAACCCUUUGAGAUGAAAUUACAUUUGGAGACUUUCUAGUGACACUUGUCUUACUUUCUAGGACCAAUUAUUUUACUUUUUUCAUAUCUGCUUCUAGAAAAUAAAACAAUAUUGCAAUUUUGCCAUGAGUACGCUUAAAUGUUGAAUAAUUUUUCAGGCUAUGAAUGGCUAUUCAAGGGUUAAGGGGAAUGCAUCUCAGCUACUCUUGCAAAUUUCUAUUCAUUGGGUUUCUUCAUUGAUGUCUCUUGAAAACUGAAAUUCCACGUGCCUAAAAAGAUGUUUGAUUUGUGUUUCUCAGAUAGCUAUCUUGACAUGGGAAGUUUCAAGAGCAAUUUAUGAUGUGGAAUAUGUACCUGCUUUUAAAUGAGAAAAUUCCCAUUAGACAUGUUCACAACCCAUGGCAUACUUUAAUUUGGUUCCUAGGCAGUAAUAUACAAUCUAGAAGGAGCCUGGACUAUUCAAUUAAAAAAUUGAACUUGAUGUCUUUUCUACCUGAAAGUGCCUCAGUUUUACCUAUUACCUUUUCUUUGUCCUUAAGUGGCAGAGAGUAGCACAAACAACAAUCUGAACUAUGCCACCAUUUGCAUUUUAAAAUAAAAACUUAGAAAUAAUAUGCUGCAGUUCUCAAAUUGUUCUAUUUCUUACAACUCUGUCUAGUAGUGUAUUUCUUUUUCUGUAUGGCUACCGUAGUAUUUGCAUGUAAAAUGUAUUAUAUUACUGUGUUCCUUUGGUAUCAGAUAGUUACCUUUUGGUAUGAUGGAAGCCCCUUGCUGGGGCAAACUUACCAUAAAGAUUUUGGUAGCCAGAUUAAGGCUGCAGUCCUAAACUAUGUCUACCUAGCAGUAAACCCAAUUGAAUUCUGUGGGACUUGCUUCCCAAUAAAUGGGGAUCAUGAUUGCAGUCAUAAUCAAGUUCAACCUGAUCUACUUAAGAUGCUAUUAGCUCUAGUUCUUCAGCUUCUCAUCCCUUCAGCUGCACGCCUUGGUCAUGAUCACACACUGAUAUAAUUCUUGUGAUUAACAUUGCAGUAGAAGCUUAGCAUCUAAUAGGCAGGAUGUCUUAACAAUUUCAGGAUUUACAGUGCAGUCUGGUUUAAAUAACUAGUUGGAAUCCUAAAAGUAUCUUUUAACAGUAUAGCUUCACACAGAUAAGGGAAACCUCUUUUCUAAUCAUAGCACUGCUCACAUACUGUGUUUCAAUAGUUUGCGUUGAAUUAAAAAAAAAAUUCGCAAUCCAGUACAGUAGUAUUGGGUGCUCUAUAACCAUUAAUUACCCGCUCUUUCUUCCUCUUGCCAAAGCCACAAGACAUUUGCCUUUAAUUGUAACCCUUGAGAACAUUUUGUCCUAAGUACAAUUAGCAGGGAGAGGAAAGAUUUGUUGUUAGAAUACUUGAUGUAAUGAUACUUUAAAGCUGGGAAAUGGGUUACACAUCAGACAGUCUAUUACAGGCCUUGAACUUAUGCUUUGGUAUAUUACAUACCAAACAGGCUUCAGCUUCAGCUUCUCAUUUGUCAGAGGAAGCUUUGCUGUAAAUAAUGUAUAUUGUGCAUUUGGUGUUUUUAGCCAUGGACAAAGAGGAUCCCCCUCUCCAUGUCUUUAACAGGGUGUGUGUGCAUAUAUGUGUAUUUACAUGCAUGUGCACACACAGAUGGAAAUAGACUUUCCGCUGAAAAUCUGUUUAUUUUUAUAUAAACUCUCCAGGAGCAAGGACUUGCCAGAAAAAAAUUGUUUUUCAUGAAAUGGAAGCUGCAAGUUGGCAUGAGUUCACAGCUCCUUUGUUACACUGCAUAUUCAAGUGAACUGUGCACAUGAACAGAAUUGACCAUGUUAGCAUAACAGAAUAUUGUUGAAACUGACUCUUGAGUUUAUCAAUUUAGCAGCUGUGUUAUCCAAAAUAAAGAGUAGCAUUCUGCCAUCCACAUAAAUUUCUAAGGGAUGAAGAAAGAUUAUGGCAAUUGGCCAGUUUGAGGCCCAUUAAAAAAGACUUUCUCUGGCCUCUGAGAUAGUGACUAAAAUACCACCACUGCUGUGGAUAUGGUAGAGGUUUCUACUUCUGCCACCAAUUCAUUUCACUGAUUUAAAGAACCAUUAUCAAUGGACCAGCAAGUUACCUAGGAUUUAGCAAACCUGCCAUACUUUUGGCUCUCUGUAGGCAGCAAUUACUGUAGUCCCAACAACAAAAAUUGCACCAACCCUCGAGGGUUGGUUUUUUGGUGAUGAGCUAAAAGUCUUUUGUUGAGAGGGAGAGAUUUGGAAGAGGAUCUAGUUUCUAGACUUUCAAACAGUGCUGCUUAAGCAUUAACGGUGUGUGUAUUGAAACAAAAUGCAUUGAAACAAAAGCCACCAAUGAAAAGUCUGUAUGCUUUCCCCCAGAAUAAGGAUUUGGCAGCAUAUUAAAACAACAUAUUGGCACUUCUGUAGCUAUUGGCACACACAUUACAAAUCUUUUUUUCAGCCUGCCUGUUUGUUUAUAACUGGGACAUGCAAAUUGAGGUUUCUUCCAGUGUGCUGUUGAGAGGCUUUGGCUAUGCAGAAGGUCUGAUAAAUGUUCUAAAAAGGCAAGCAAGUAUCUCUUCAAAACCAACAAAAUCAAGCCUUUAGCAUUUGGGGCCCUCAUACCUUAAAAAACGGUUCCUUAUUUUACUCCAUUGUGUACUUUCAGAUCAACCAAGACUAUUCUCAUGAUUUAUGUGCCAAGUUCAAACUGCAAAGGCACACAGAAUGGUAUUUUCAGUGGUUGUUCCACAAUAGUAGAAUUCUAUUCCCUUGUCAAAAUACGACCUGAAUACUUUCUUGGAAGCAUUCAAAAAUAUAGGUAGCUGUGUUCGUACACUAGGUUAAAAACAACAACAGAGAAGCAACAGUAUGGCAAAACCCUUAUUGGGACCAAUCUAAACAUUACAAAAUCUACUUUCUAGAAGCACUGAAAGAACUGAAACAGAUGCAUAGUUUGUACUACUGGGGAUGUGGGCAGGGUAAUCAAAUGUUUGAAUGAUUUCCACAUAAAAGUACCUGCACACACAAACCUAACAUGCUGGAGGGGGGAGGCUAGUCCUGGCUUACUUGUUUAGUUCUUCCAGCAUAUCUCAUGUGGGCCCAAACAUCUGCUCUACCAACCCAGAUGAUUUAGCCCAGCAACAACUACAUCACAUAGGAGCUCUUCCCCAGACUACCUGAAGAGUUCUCCAAAGAUUUCCCCUUAGCACACCUGGCCCAUAGCAUGUUAAUGGGUUCUUAUUGGUAGAGAUUAUACAUAAGAGCAAUACAGAGUGGCCAUGCUGCAAUUGAUUUGCUUGGGGACAACUUCAUCUGUUCCUUUCCCUGGUUGGUGGCUGAAGAAAGCAGCAUAAAUCCAAGUUCGUGUUUGUUUUCUGUACACUAUCUUGGGGGCUUUAGGUCAAAAGUUGGGAGCGAAAUCAUUGAAAAAAAUUAAAUAGGGAACUGACAAAAGUGCUGCCUAGUGUUGACAUUAUACCUGAGAAGUGAUUUCAGAAAUGUCUUCCUUUUCAAGUGGUGCUUCAUCUAUAUUCCACAUAUUUGCACGAGUAGGCUAGUUUUAUACCCAUAUUGCAGACAUAGCAGUGGCUUGCCUACAGCUACUAGUGAAACACAACUGACAUGAUGGAUGCUUGGUUUCUUGCUCACAAUUGGCCACUGCACCAUACCAGCUUUAGGGCAGUAUUCCAUGCUCAGUGGUGCAUAUAGACUACUGCCCUAGAACUCGUAUAGUGUAGUGAAUCAUCAGAAAAUUGAGUAUUGUGGACAGAAAAGGUCUGUGUUUGCCUUAAUCUUUAACUUCAGCCCAAAAGAAAAAAAAACUUUAUUGUUGAAAGGUAACAAAUUUAAAAAUAAGUUGUGAUGAAAGUGCCAUAAUUCAUACUGGUAAUAUUUUUUAAUUGUGUGCUUAAAAACAACUCUGGUCUUUUGUAAGCACUACAAGAGUAUAAUUCUUUGUGACCUAUUUUGCUGUGAUAGCAUCAGCUUAUGAAAGCUGUGUAUUAGAUUUUUAAAAUGUGGUGUAAAAAUGUGUAUUAUAGCUUUGAAUUAGCUGACUGUUUUGUAUAUAUGAAUUUUGUAAAUCUAUUAAAAUGUGACUUGUUAUUGUACUUUCUA